CAAAAACCUCCUCCCACUCAGCCCUCUCCCCCCUUGUUUCGUCUUCUAUCUUACGGAGAAAGAUGGGCUGACUCUUCUUAAACGGCGUAACGGACAUCCAAAAGCGCCGUCACGGACUACCAGCAUCGUUUCUUUGAGCACAUGCCUUCAUACAUAAACCUGAAAGUCUAUGUUGAUGGCCUUGGAGCAGCAAUUAUCACUGGGUCCGAAUCCCAAUCCGGUUGACGCCGAAAGAGACGGAACCACUAACGGCGUCGACGUCAGGCCGCCGUCCACCGAAGGCGGAGAAGAUGGGGUCAAAGCGCCGAGGCUGCCGCGCUGGACGAGACAAGAGAUUCUGGUGCUGAUACAUGGGAAAGGGGACGCGGAGAACCAAAUUCGAGGCAGUCGUAGUGCGGGUUUGCCAUUCGGGACGGGUCAGCUGGAGCCGAAAUGGGCUUCGGUCUCAUCGUACUGCAAAAAGCAUGGAGUGAAUAGAGGUCCGGUUCAGUGCCGGAAAAGGUGGAGCAAUUUGGCCGGAGACUAUAAGAAGAUCAAAGAAUGGGAAUCUCAGAUAAGGGACGAUUCGGAAUCUUUCUGGGUGAUGAGAAACGAUUUAAGGAGAGAGAGAAAAUUGCCGGGAUUUUUCGAUAAGGAGGUCUAUGACAUUCUCGAUUCGGGAUCGCAGGUGCCGGCGUUAUCUUUGGCUCUGGCACCGGCUCCCGCGACAGGAACUGUUCCGGUGGAAAAGGGAAAACACAGCAGGGGAGUGGCGGCGGAGGAAGCGGAGGCUGAUACAGAGCCACACUUGUAUGAUAGUCGGAGCGCCGCCGGAGAGGAUGGUUUAUUCUCGGAUUUCGAACAGGAAGAGGCAGGAGUGAGUCCAGAAAAGGAAGCAGCGAGGAAGGAUGUCUCAACACAUACGACGACUGUUCCUGCACCUAUUCCCAUCUCAGAGAAGCAAUAUCAACCACUUCUGCGUGGCUGUCAAGGUGCAGGAAAUGCUCAAGGUGGGAGCAACGAGAAACAGCGAGGCCCAAAUCCGGAAAUGGGUUCUACGUCUCAAGGAGGACGGAAGAGGAAGCGAUUUCCACCAACAGAUGAGGAGGAUGAACUUCUGCAAAAUCAAUUGAUUAAUGUGUUGGAAAGAAACGGGAAGAUGCUGAGCGCCCAGCUUGAAGCUCAGAACAUAAAUUUCCAGUUGGAUAGAGAGCAGCGGAAAGACCAUGCUAGUCACUUAGUUGCUGUUCUUGAUAAGCUUGCAGAUGCUCUAGGCAGAAUUGCUGAUAAAUUAUAGCGCAGCAGCAAGAAGAGUCAACAUGAGCUUAGAAUAUAGUGUACAUAACAGUUGGAGUCUUAUAGUAUAUAGAUACUUAGACAAAUAGUGGUUUCUGUCAUUCACCUAUUCAACAAUGAUGAUUGUCACAUCUGUUUCCUCGUUUGAUUGCAUUUUCUGGAUUUACCGCUUCUGUGAUUGUUACUGCCGCCUCCAUUUGCAAGUUGCGGCUGUUAUUCUCUUCUUCGUGUUUAAUGUACAUUCAGAUUAUAUAUGAUUUUCUUUCUCCGGUUGAAGUUUA